UUUAAGGCGACUGUGAGACAGUGAGCCAGUCCUGUGGAUGUUUACAUUAUUGAAAUUGUGAUCUUUUCAUAUUUUUGUGAAAAGAAGCUCUAAGUGUUUAGUGAAUCCUGGCUGGCAUUCUGGUAUAGUAGGCGGCAUUUGAAGGUGAUGAAGUUGAAAAAAAAAACAGUUAAAGGAUUUCAUUUAUCUUUCAAUGCACUUUUAAUGUUUUUGAAGGAAUGUUGUGUAAAACUCUGGGAUAGUCAAGAGACCUGAACUUUAUAAUGGAAUUUAAUCGGAGUUGUGUGCAAAAGGCCCAUUCUGUCAUUGCCCAGUGGAAAGACCCUUAACUGCAUUGUCAACUGGAAAGGCCCAUAACUGCACUGUCAACUGGAAAGGCCCAUAACUGCAUUGUCAACUGAAAGAACCCAUAACUUCAUUGUCAACUGAAAGAACCAUAACUGCAUUAUCAACUGAAAGAACCCAUAACUGCAUUGUCAACUGAAAGAACCCAUAACUUAAUUGUCAACUGGGAAGGCCCAUAACUGCAUUGUCAACUGGAAAGGCCCAUAACUGCUUUGUCAACUGGAAAGGCCCAUAACUGCAUUGUAAACUGGUAAGGCCCAUAUCGGAAUUGUCAACUGGAAAGGCCCAUAACUGCAUUGUCAACUGGAAAGGCCCAUAAAUGCAUUGUCAACUGUAAAGGCCCAUAACUGCAUUGUCAAGUGCGAAGGCCCAUAAACGCAUUGUCAACUGGAAAGGCCUAAAACUGCAUUGUCAACUGGUAAGGCCAAUAACUGAAUUGUCAACUGGAAAGGACCAAAACUGCAUUUUCAACUGAAAGAAACAAUAACUGUAUUGUCAACUGAAAAGGCCCAUAACUCCAUUGUCAAUUGGUAAGGGUCAUUACUGCAUCUGGAAAAGCCAUUUACUCUGUUGUCAAUUGUGUAUCUUUGUCUGGGAACGCCAUGCUAGCUUCUGACACAGCUUGUAAUUUUCUCAAAAUGGCAGGAAUUCUAAAACUCCCAGAUCUGAAAACCUGCAAGAACUUGUUCCAUAGUCAUGAUCAGGAAGUAGAUAUGGAAACAGAGAGUGGUAAGGCCAAUAUGAAGGAAACACUUGACAAUACACAUGAACUAGAGUCUAGGAAUAGAAUAAAAACUUCCUCAACGUCUGAUAAAUAUUUAGGACCCUCAGAUAUGAAAGAGCACUUAACUUUGAGCGACGAUUUUGGUACCUCAACUUCAACUGAACAUUCAGGACCGUCAAGGUUGUUUGAGUAUGCAGAGCUUUCUGUUUCUUCUACAAAUGCAUUAUCUUCAAGUGACUCUUAUGUUGAAGAAAAGAAGACAGAUGGUAUAAAGAGUAUUGAGAACUGUAUAAGUGACAGUAUUCAUGAAGAAGAUUGUGGUGAAAAUAACAGUGACACAAACAAGGUUUUGGAAAGUAUUGAGGCUGACAAAGAAGAGAAUGGUGAUUCAGUUGCAAAUAUUGAGACAGAAAAAUGUGCUAAUGAAUCUAUUUCACAGAGUAGUGUUCAUGAAGGUGACAACUUAAAUAAUCGUUCCUGUAAAGAAAUGCUGAGGCAGUCAAAUGAAUGUGGUGAAAAUAUGCCUAUAUUUCUUACCAAACUUUCAAAACUGGAGAAACCGGAUUCAGACUCUGAAAUUGACAGUAAUGAAAAACUUGAAUUAGGUUUUAAAAAUGUCACAUCAUGUGUUAAAAAUGAUGAACAAAGCAAAUGCGAAGACAUGAAUCCAUGUAGAGAAGCAUUGAAUGCUAAAGAUGUGGUCCAAGUGCCAUCAUGUUCAAAUAUAAAUAAAUGCCAUGGACAGUAUUCAAGACCCUGGGAAAGUUCUGUAAAUAAACAAAACAGAAACAUUUGUCUGGAUUUUCUACCACAAUCAUGUAAAAGAUUAUCUAAAGCAAAAGAAAUAACAUAUAAGUUUCAGGACGUAAUGCAGUUUGCAGAAAUUCUCUACAAAUGUACAUUGUGUAACUCUGUUCCUUCCAUAUUGACUUCCAGACAGAGUUUUAUCCAUCACAUGCAAAGGAAUCACUUGGAAAUGGGCAAACACAAUCAAGCAUGCCCUCGCUGUUCCCUUCUUUUCCAGACUGAGGAAGACCUCAGGCAUCAUAUACAGUUACGCUGCAGUGCAGGAAGCCCCAGCAGUGAGUCAUGUGACCAAACAGGAAGUGACAUCAUUCAAUCACAUGACUAUGACAUGGAUAGCAGCAAUGACAGUGAUUCCGACUCUUCUGGCCAUCGGCAGUUGCGAACAAAACUUGUUAACAGGAAAUUAAAACCGGCCCAUGAUUUCCAGAAUCCCCAUCAGUUAGUAGAUCACACGGGUAUGGAAACACCAAAUGGAUCCUUGGACUUAUCAAAGAAAACCUCAAAUCAUGAGAAUACUGUUAGUGAAAGGUUUACUCUUUCGCCUGUUAAGAAAGAAACAUGUAACAUUGACAUUAAGAAAAUUACAGAUCAGAUUGUGAAGUCCGAUGUUCUGUGUCAUCGCCAGAGCACUGAUUCCGGAUCAAAAAUACCCCACAGUCCUGGGUACACUGCAGAGUUUGGUAAAUACACCAAACUGGUUAGGGAAGGGGGCAAUAUUGUCUACUUCUGUCAGAUUUGUAACUGGAAAUCCCCAAUCAAGUCAACCUUUCAGACGCAUUGCAAUUUGGCAAUCCACAAAAACAAAGUGCUAAGUGCUGGAAAGGCCAACAAUGGAAAGAUUGAGGACAAUGAUAGAAGUAAAGUUGAUAUCAAACCAGACAUUGCAACAUCUGGAAAACUUUCUACUUUAGGUAUAUCUGAAGUUGCUCACAAUAAAUCUGUAACGGAAUGUGCCCCAAAGAUUUCAAAUGAAAAUUUGUUUUACAAGUACAUUGUACAUUCAGCAAACGAGGGACACAAUCAAAUGAGGUCAAGGACACCAGUUGUCUCCAUGUUUGGAAAUCAUAAAACAAAAAUGUUUGCUGGUUCGCACUUUAUGAACAAACGAGCCAGUAAUUGGCCCAGUGAAAUACAGUUUAAAAGGAAAAAAAGGACUCAUGAGAGAGCUUUCAACAGACCAGAUAAUUCUGACUCUGACGAUGAUAAUAACGAAUGUGAUGAUGAUAAUGCUGAUAACCUUUGUGUUCACAAAAAUGGUAUAAAACCAUCCUAUAAGGCUUUGCUAAGGAGCAAACUUAUGGGGAAUGGCUACAAAAAUUGUUCCUCACAAGAAAACCAUGAAUUACCAUCAAACAAAAUAAGCAAUUGUCCUUUUUCAUCAUCUCACUGUAGAGUUGACAACUAUGAAAGCUUGAAAGGUGGCUUAAAGACAACUUGUACCAACAAAAAAGGUCCAUUAUUUAAUGUCUUCAAAUGCAAUGUUUGUUCAUCUGAGUUUAGAGAUAAUGAGGACUACAGGAGACAUCUUUCACAUGCUCACAAGUCCAUCUUGAGUAGCAUUCUGCUAUCUGAAAACCCAAACUCACUGUCCCCAGUCACAAAGAUGGAGUCAUUCCCUACGAAAUUGCCUGGUUCACUUUCCAAUAGACAUUCUGGUUCCCAGCUUUUUGAUGAAUACGGUGCAAGCAUGAACAAACAGCUUUUUAGUGAGUUUGGUUUACUUAACAAUCAUGAGACGGGUUCUCCCAAAAUGAAUGAGUCUGGUUGCAGGCUUGGUGUGAAUGAAGUAAAAGAGGCAUCUGACAGUGGGGCCACAGAAAGUGGGGAACAGUGGAGAGUACAAAAACUCAAGGAAUUGUUGCCAAAUUACGUAAAUGAGUGUAAACGCAGCAAUGUUUCACGUGAUCGUCUGCUGCAAUGUAUUGGGUCCACAACAGAGUACACGGAUGCAGUGCUUUGGUCAUCUGCUUGCAACAAAGUUGUCCGUGAAAUGUUCCCUCGCACAUUGGCCCAGAGAAAAGGCAGAUACAAGAAAUAUCCUUUCUUUGGCCUCUCCUUGCUUGAGGCCUAUCAAACUGCAGAUGACGUCAGUUCCCAUGAUUCUGAUUGGCUGUUCCAUGGAUCACACCAUGAGGGGCAGCCGUUACAAUUUCCUCCCCGGGAAUAUGCUGUUGAGCCUAGCAGAAUUGUUGAACAACUCCCAGCGAUCGUGAAGUGGACUGGCUGUAUGGAGGAAGGUGUGUACAGGCAGGACCUGCUGACUGUGCUGGCUGUCUGCCUGUGUGAGGAGGAGGCGUGUCACUGGGGCGCGCAGGCUAACCGUGCCAUGAGACAUGUGUUCCCGCUGGUCGAUAUGAAGAGGAAGGGCAAAUACAAAUCAACCAUGUAUAUGGGAGUUCAGUUUCAGCCAUAUGCCCAGAGGCUCUUGUCCAAUCGACUGGACUGUUUCCAGCGCUUUGAUCACUUCACCUACCAAACGCCCAGCCCUAUCUACCAGCUCACAGAGCGUAACCUAGGAACAAGAACACCACAACAACCCCCCUUUACUGACCUAAAAGAACGAUCUGACUCACCAGCCUAUAAAACAGCUUACAAUGAAAAUAAAGCUCCACAGUCUAGAUCUGAAAACAGACUAUUGUACAGUUUUUCUGAAUCCAUUCGGCGUGAUGCAGAAAACGAGAUGGAUGAAUAUUUGAUGAAGUUUGGCGGUUUGUCAAGUAGGGAAAGCAACUCUGGCAGUCCAGUUAAUAAAGGGAGCGAACAUGAAAUAAAUCGAGAGGAUUCCAGAAAGGAAUUCACUGAUUCAAGGGAGGCUACUUUGGAUAGACAAGGUUGUGAUUUUAUAUCUAAGGGGAAGGAAUCAAUGUUUGCACAAGAAAGUUGGGAGAGAAUGAAAAUGACAAAUAGAAGGAAUUAUUUCACAAUUGUCGCAACUGGCCUCAAUGAGACUUCUGAAGAUGGCAUUGAAGACUUUGAGGCUCAGUCUGAUGAGCUUGAAAAUAAAGCACACAGUGCUCUUGGUACUCAUCUAAAAGAAGAUGUGGGAUCAGAAAAUUCAAACCUUGGCUGUUUUGAUUCUCAGAAAGAAUUUCUUGAUGUGCAAGAUAAACAUGACUUGUUUUGGGAUUCUUUUGAGGGUAGCAAUGAGCAGAAUCCAUCUAAGCAUGAGAGUUUAUUGCAGAAGACUGAGAAAAACUUGCAUUUACAAGCAGAAGAAUGUUCUGAAAAAGACAUUGAAAAACGUGAAAUGGAAGUCAAUUUUAGACACAAAAAUGAAAACCAUUCAACAGCAGAAGACAACAAAAUAGAAACUAUUGAAAUCUUGAAACAAACUAACAAUGAAGUUGUAGACCACAAUGAAGUGGGACAUAACAAAGAAGAACCUGACCUGUUGUCUAAAAGUGUUGAAACAGAUGACUUAAAUGAAAUUAAAUCAAUCGAGUCUGAUGGUGAAAAAGUGACAACCUUGGUAAUGUUGAAAAUAUGCAAGUAGAAGUAUCUGACAGCUGAAGGGUAGCAUUAAACAUACAAGAAAAAUGAGCAUGAAACUGUACAAGCUUUGCUCUUGGGAAACAGGGCUUAACCCUUUGCAUGCUGGGAAAUUUGUCGUCUGCUAAAAUGUCGUCUGCUAAAUUUCUCAAAUUAGCAUUUUCUUUGAUUUUUUUCAAAGAAUAUUAUCAGAAUAGCAAACAGUUUGGAUCCUGAUGAGACGCCAUGUUCUGUGGUGUCUCAUCUGGAUCCAAACUGUUUGCAAAGGCCUUCAAAAUUCGGUUCCCGCACUGAAAGGGUUAAUGCAUGUGCAUAAGCAUUGUCCCAGAUAAGCCUGUGCAGACACCUUCUGCUUUUAGGAAAAAACAAUGUUUGAAGGAAGUCCCUUAUUACUGAAAAUCCAGUCUAGACAGAAAGUGUAAUUCCAGAUUAGACUUCUGGACUUAACAGAACAGUGUAUUAUGUGAAGUUGGAAUAAGACAUUAAUUUGGGAAUAAAUUGUGUUUUUUCAAAAGUGCAUUAUAUGCAGUUUUAUAUGUUGUAUUAAUUUUAUUUAGUUUGACAAAUUAUAGUUAAAACAGAUACUUGCAUAUAUAUUAGCAUCAUUUUAAUUGAUUUUACUGCAAAAGUUUUUUUUAUUGAUUAAAAAAAAAUCCUCAUGAAAUGAAACAGUUUAAAAAUACAGUUAAAAUGAUAAAAAUACAAUCACUGUUAAUGAAAAAAUAAAUGAAAAUUGCUUAUUGAGCUUGAAGUAUAGAUACAUUAUUACAAAAAUAAAUUCAGAUCAUGAAAUGAAUAGUUUUGUUUGAGAAAAUCACCAAAAUGAUGUCCAUUCCCAGUUUGAUAUCUUAUUCCAAAUUCACAUAAUACAGUGUAACAGGCUUAUCAGGGACAACACUUUAUGCACAUGCAUUAUGCCCCGUUUUCUCAGAACAAAACUCAUAUUCGUAUGUUACAGUCCUGCUUAGGUAUGACAUGGGUCCAUAUAGGCACACCAAGGCCAGUAUUGGCCUGACUGUAUCAGCAAAUGACAAUUGUCUCCAAAGGUGUGUCAAUAUGGGCUCAUUGCGCAACAUAUCUGGUUAUACCCCCACAAACGAAGUUUAGGGGGGUAUAUAGGAAUGAACUGGUCUGUCUGUCGGUCGAUCCGCUAAUUAAAGUUGUUUCCAUCCGAUCUUCACCAAACUUGGUCAAAAGUUGUAUCUAGAUGAUGUCUAGGUCAAGUUAGAAUAUGGGUCAUGCCGGGUCAAAUACUAGGUCACGGGGUCACUUAGUGCGUUUGAAACAUUCAGCAUGUUGUCCGCUCUCUAAUGCAUGUUGUUUUCAUCCAAUCUUCACCAAACUUGGUCAGAAGUUUUAUCUAGAUGAUCUCUAGGCCAAGUUUGAACAUGGGCCAUGCCAGGCCGAAAACUAGGUCACGGGGUUACUUAGUGCGUUUUACACAUUCAGCAUGGUGUUCCCUAUUUCAAGUACUUAUCAUCCGCUCUUCAUGUGGGGGUAUUCGUCCCGUCUGUGACAAAGCUCUUGUCUGUAUCUAGUAUAUAUCCUAACUUUAUCAAGAGUUAUAUAUAAAUCAAAGAACAGUGAAUAUAAACACUGUAUUAUUAAGUAUUAUUUAAAUUAUCCUCUGCAAUGAAUGCUUGUUAUUUAUGUUGGAACAGUACUUCAACAAUUACUUGGUCACAUGCAAUGCCAUGUUUUGAUAACAUUCAUGAAAUGCUUUUUGCUGUCAUUGUAGAGAGCAUGAUAUAAGACUGUCAAGGCUUGACCAAGUAUAUCAUGUCCUCAAUGCACUGCCAUCUAACUCACUGAUAGGAUUUAUUGUUUGAAAUAAUCUGUUCUGUUGUACAUUUUUUAUAUCUUUAUGUCUAUAUGUUUUGUUUGUUAUUUAACUUUCCCUCAUUUACUUCUGUUUUGGUUCUAAAGGAAAGAUUUUCUAAAAUAUGCUUAUUUUCUGCUAUUUAUCAUACAUGUUGCCAUUUGUUUAUUAUUGAAUAAAAUAGAAAGAAGAUA